CGCUGCAUCGUCGGACUCUAUAUGUUAUUUCGCUCAUCCUAGUUCAGUUGAAAACAUCCACCCGGCAAGCGAAACCUCCGUAUAACGAAAACAAAAUGGCCCCGAAAUUGUACUACAUGGCGGUAAGCCCGCCAUGCCGGGCGGUGAUCAUGGUGGCCAAAGCUAUAGGGUUGGAACUGGAUCUCGAGACGGUGGAGUCCAAGGACCAACUGAAGACUCCCGAAAUGCUAGAGAUAAAUCCGCAACACACUGUUCCGAUUUUGGUGGACGCCGACGAAGACUUUACGGUUUGGGAUAGCCACGCGAUCUCGGGCUAUCUCGUCGGUCAAUACGCCGAGGACGACUCGAUGUAUCCGAAGAACGACGUCAAGAAGAGGGCGCUGAUCGAUCAGAGGCUCCAUUUCGAAAACGGCGUCCUAUUCGAGCGGUGCAAAACGGCUUUCUUGCCGCUGUUCAUGGGCGAGUCUCAAGUGUCCGAAGACGACGCCGACAAGCUGAUCGAGGCUUUCGGCUUUCUUGAAGAGUUUCUCGGUGACAAUCAGUGGAUGGUUGGAGACGACAUUACCAUAGCGGAUUUGAGCUUGCUUGCCACAGUUGCGACCGUCGAACUGUUUUUCCCGAUCGACGCAGAGCGGUUUCCCAAAAUGACAGAGUGGUUGGCCCGCGGCAAAGAGUUGCCCUAUUUCGACGAAGUCAACUCCGAAGGCUUCGAUGCAUUCAAGGGUUUCAUGCCAAACGUUGACGGUUAUUACGAGGAAUUUUGUGUAGCAAUGCCGAUCGUUUUGUACGGUACCAUCCUUAGUCCACCCGUUCGGGCUGUGCUGAUGACGGCCAACGCAUUAGGGUUAAGUCUAGACUUCAGAGAAAUCGAUCUUAUUAAAGGAGAUCACCUAAAACCCGAGUACCAGAAAAUCAAUCCUCAGCACACGGUACCCACAUUGGAUGAUGACGGGGUCAUUUUGUGGGAUAGUCAUGCGAUAGUGGCCUACUUGGUAGGCAAAUACGCCAAGGACGACUCGUUAUAUCCCAGGGACUUGGCGAAAAGGGCUCUGAUCGAUGCGAGACUACAUUUUGAUACCGGUUACGCCUUCGCAGCAAUAAGAACACCUGUCAGGGCGGUGCUUUUCCACGGUCAAACCGGCGGCCUCACGGAUCUGCAGAAACAAGCGAUACUAGAAGUCUACGACUUUUUAAACAAAUUUCUAGAAAAUCGCAUUUGGCUGGUCGGCAAUAGCGUUACUAUUGCGGACAUAAGUUUGCUGUCGACAGUGACGUCGUUAGCCGCCAUUCUACCCGUCGACGCCACUCAGUUCUCGAACGUAUCAAAGUGGCUGAAAGGCGCCGAAGACUUGCCGUUUUUUAACGUCAACAAACCCGGACUCGAAUCAUUCAGCGCGUUCGUCAAACAGAUAUUUUAACACGUCACUUUUGUAACUGCUUAAUUUCAUUUUAAUAAAUUUUUGCAGCGAAUAUUAUAUAGUUAUUAUUUUCCUAAACCGUUAUCUGGAAUUUAAUAUUGUUUACUGCAUUCGUAAAUACAGGAUGUCACUGCGGUUUGC